UCUGCAGCACCAGGGCCAACCAAUAGUCUCCUCCCUCCUAUCUCCCCUCCCCUCUCCCGUCUACCCUUGCCCCUCCUCUCCCCUUGCCCCUCCUCUCCCCUUGCCCCUGCUCACCCCUUGCCCCCCUUCUCCCCUUGCCCUAAACCCCCCCAGUGCCCAACCUGUGAUUAUAACGAGUCUGCAGCAUCAGGGCCAACCAGUCGUCUCAUCCCUCCUCCUAGCAGCAGCCGGAAAAGCCCCCAGAGACCUACUCAGACCCAUCGCCACCACUCUCCACCACCUCAUCCUCCUCCCGGACCUCCACCCGCUCCUCCCCAACUGGCUGGUUACCGCGUUACGUUCACCUGACUUCCAACGGGGCGUGCCAGAGGCGGUGGGGGAGGGGGAGAUGCAGCUGUUCUGUGAGUUGGUGCUGAGACAGCCCCCGCUGCCAAGGCAGCGGUUUGAAGCGCUGGUGGCGGAUUUUGCUGCCCUCUGCCGCUCUGAAGGGACAGCCGAUGCGCUCCUGGGGUAUCAGAUGUAG